AUGUCUGAAGCGAGGAUUGUCGUUCUGGGUGCUGGCGUUGUCGGCCUCACGACAGCACUGCUGUUGUCGAAGCAUACAAAAUACCAUGUGACUGUUGUCGCCAAGCACAUGCCCGGCGACUAUGAUAUUGAAUAUGCAUCCCCCUGGGCGGGAGCAAACUUCCUUCCCGUGGGGAAGCCGGGGACGCCCCUACAGCAAUUCGAGAUCGACACUUGGCCCGAACUGCAACGGCUAGCCAGAGACGUGAUAGAAGCCGGCGUCCACUUUCAAGACACCGUCGUUUAUAACCGCAAGAAAGACGUCGGUUCCGCAACGGGCAACUGGUUCGCAGAGCUGCUGAAGACAGAUCCGUGGUACAAAGACGUCGUGCCCAAUUUCAGAGUCCUCCCCCAGUCCGAGCUAGCACCCGGCAUCGACUCCGCCACCUCCUUCACCUCCGUCUGCAUCAACACCGCCAUCUACCUCCCCUGGCUUGUCGGGCAAUGCCUGAAGAACGGCGUCAUCGUCAAGCGCGGGAUCGUGGCGCACGUCGCCGAAGCAGCGACGCUUCACCACACCGGCAAGCGCGCGGACAUCGUCGUGAAUUGCACCGGCCUCUCAGCGCGUAAGCUGGGUGGUGUCGAAGACGCGGCUGUUUACCCUGCUCGCGGGCAGGUUGUCGUCGUGCGCAACGAUCCCAAGGUCAUGGCCUCCAUCUCUGGGACCGACGAUGGGGAGGACGAGGCAACUUACAUUAUGCAUCGUGCAGCUGGCGGCGGAUGCGUCCUAGGCGGCUGCCUCCAGAAGGAUAACUGGGAGUCACAGCCGGACCCCAAUCUCGCUAUGCGUAUCAUGAAGCGCUGCGUCGAGCUCUGCCCGGCGUUGACUGACGGCAAGGGGCCUGAGGCUCUUAGCAUCAUCCGGCAUGGUGUGGGUCUCCGGCCUAUGCGCGAGGGUGGCCCGCGGGUGGAGAAAGAGAAGAUCGAUGGGCUCUGGGUGGUGCAUCAGUAUGGGCAUGCUGGAUACGGGUACCAGUCGUCGUACGGGUCUGCGAUGGCGGCCGAGAAGCUGGUGGAGGACGUGCUUGGAGCGAAGGCGAAGCUGUAG